AUGGUGGUUCUAAUUCUUGCGUCCCUGCCAGUUCCGACGGUUUCCAUUCCUAUGGGAACGCAGCAACCUUGUGCCAGUCCGGUUUGGAGUGGGGGUGUUUCUAUCUUCAAUAAUCUAAACACCGACCUAUAUGUUGCGUCUGUUUCAAUUACCGAUGGUCCGGUUCAAGUUCUUACUGCUAAUGGUGGACAAUACCAUGAAACAUGGAGGCCGGUAGUCGGUGCAACAGGUAUCUCUAUCAAGAUCGCUAUGCGAGUUGAAAUGCACGGCAUCCUACAGUUUGAAUAUAGUGCUGUGCCCCCAAACGUCUACUGGGAUGUGUCCUGUAUCGAUCUGGAAGACAACACCCGCUUCAUCGAGGAAGGCUUCGCGGUGAGCACGAGUAGCCCGAGAUGCGCACCUGUCACGUGUCAACCAGGGGAGGGAAACUGUUCAGACGUCUAUCACAAACCAACCGACAACCACGCUGUCCGAGGUUGCCCAAUUGAUACUAGUAUGGUGAUGCAAAUUGGGCUGUAA